AUGUGUACUGUAUCUCCCUCUUCCACGCCAUUCCCUACCCUGCUCGAUGCGAUAUUACACUACUAUCCACUGACCGGUCAAUCCUCCCUCCCUAAUCCUCUUCCUCAUCCACUGCCUUCUCCUUCCAAAACUGGAACUGCACCUGAACUCCGACGUCGUCGCACAUCCGCUUCUGCAACAACAUUACCUUGGCCCACACCCACUCGACGCUCUGGCUCGCGGUUCUUACCUCGGGAUCUCCAACCACAGUUGAACAUACCUGACAUUCACGCUCCCACACCUCACCCUCAUCCAAGCAACCUCCGAGCAGACCUGCACCAGCAAACGGGCGAUCCAAGCCAUCUCUCUCCGAGUUUGAGUGGAAGAUUGGAUAAUAAAGAGAACAUGUUUCCUUCGGAAGAACAACAUUCUUUGCCUUCAUCACCAUACUCCUCUAGCCGACAUGCCAAAGGCUCAGCAUCACCUUCACGUCCGCCAAAACUAUCUGCUCUAUCUCCUUUGAAGACAUUCUCACCUCUCCAACCGGUGAAAAGCGCAUUACCCUCAACAUCGGCAUCAUCAGAUGCGGCGAGUAUCAGCGGUAGAAGUCGAGCAAGCUCAGUGACGAGAUCACUCAGCAGACGUCAAAGCUUGAUCGCUCAUGCAGCAAACUGGGGUGCAGGUGGUCAUAAUGAACCAGAACACCCAGAUGCAGCGAACUUGUUCUCUAGAUUGACAUUGGUGAAAGCGCCUGCAGCUGAUACUAACAUUAGACGUCAUAAUCGAUCUAAAUCUUCAUCUGCACUCGCACCAUUCACCUCUUUCUCUGUUGCCAGUGAUUCUCCAGCGACUUCCAACCGUGGACCUAGAAGAUCAUUUGCCGCUUCCUCCUUCGGAGGCAUGUCUCCACUUCCCCUCGCUCGAUCUCCCAUGCAAGAAAUCAACACUUCGCUGCAUCGAGUCGGCUCUCUGCAUGGACUUAGUGAUGCGGACAACAAGGGUAUACAAAGCAAACAUUAUUCUCCUGACGAAGUGGUAGAUAUCGCUCGUCAGCUCUCAUCACCUGUAAUGGUACCUGAAGGUGGAUUCAAAGGUGCCGAGCUGAAACGACGAAAGAGUGCAGGAAGUUCUGUUCGACCCGGUUCUAAAGAAUUGGAAAAACCACCUGUCGCCUUGGAACCGGUCGAAUACGUCCAGAUGGACGAAGAUGUUUUACUUCCAUUUGUCGAACGACCUAAAGAAGUCAACGAGUUGAUUUCUCACCCAGCUAACGAGCAGCUGUUUAAAUUGCUCAAAGCUGCUUUCCCCAAAGAUCCAGCUAGACCCAAUUGGAGAGAGAUCGAACCUGAAUUAUGGAACUGGGAAGAAUUCCUCAAACACCUCACUAAGAUCGAUAGAUCCGAAUCACCAGACUACGAUUGGAUAUUCCGUGCUCGACAAUCUGUCCGAGCGAGAUCAGUCGCCCUAUGGGAGAAAUUGGGUGUAUGUCUAGGAUGUGAUGGAGACUUGAUGAAUGCUGGAAGUGAAGACGAUAUACCCUUAUCAUGGGGUGGAUUAGGACUGGGUGAUGAAGGUGAAUAUGAUCCGACAAUGAAUCAAGUUUGGAUAGAAGGAUUAGAAGCGGUCGACCCGAAUAGUCCAUCAAAAGCUGAGAAGGCUCUUGCGGCUGCCUUUGGAGAAAUAGUAGAAGAUGAAGAUGAACAAGCUGCGGCGGGUAUGCACGCGUUGUUACAUCCUGGAAACGCUAUGGGAAUUAUAGGUGAAACCGAAAGUGAAGAAGGAGCAACACCCAUUCAAAGUCAAUUUACGACUGCCCAAAAGGCUGGGAAUAAAGACAAAUUCGAUCCCAUCUUGGCUACUUCUCCUAUCGCCUCUACCGCCCACAUGAGACGUCUACCGACAACCCCUCCUAGACAGUCAAAGAAGGAUGGUCGAUCGAAAUCAUUUGUUGGUCUACAAAUAUGUACCUCACCUACAGCGGCGAAGGACCAAUAUGUCCCUAGAUCACCUUCCUCACAACUCCAGACUCCUGUCUUGGGUGGUUCAGCAACAUUACCGAUAUACGAGAGAGGACCUGGAUCACCCCUUUUCCCAUCCAGUUUCAGUAGUCUCAGCGCGGAACCGAAUCUGGGACGGAGUGCUAGUGUUGCCAUUCACGGGGCUGGUAGACCACUGCAAGAUGAUCUGAGAGGGUUCAGUCAUUCCAAUGCGAAUACAUCGGGAUUCGGACCGAGGGGAUUGAUGAGGAAACAGAGUGGAGCGGGAUUGAGUGAGAGUGCUAUCACGUUCGCAAGUGAAAGUGAUUAUGCCCACUCUCAUGGGGAUGGUCAUUAA